UCUCAAGACUUUGCCAAUUCGCCGUUCGAUGGUAUCAUGGGUAUGGCUUUGGAUCAAUUGAGUGAGGAAAGAGGUACCACGCCAUUCAGCACUUUGGUCAAUCAAGGAGUCGUCCCACAGUCAUUUUUCGGUUUCUUCCUUGGUCGUCAAAAGGAUAACACUCAAGGUCAACUUACUAUUGGCGGAGUCGACAACUCUCUAUUCAAGGGAACUAUCUCGUUCAACAAGUUAGUCAAUAACCAAGGAUUCUGGGAAAUCGCAAUGGACGAUGCCACUGUUGAUGGCAAAUCACUUAAUUUCAACGGCAAGACUGCCAUCAUUGACACCGGCACGACCCUCUUGAUCGCUCCCCCAGCUGAUGCUGCUGCCAUUCACGCGGCAAUUCCAGGUUCGAGUCAGCAAGGUGACAACUUUAUUAUCCCUUGUGACACUAAAUCAGUAGUAUCGCUUAUAUUUGGUGGCAAGAGCUUCGACAUUAACACUGAGGAUCUCGCGCGUGAUCCCAUUCCUGGACAAGCCAAUUCCUGUGUUUCUGGUAUCGCUGGUGGUCAAAUUGGUGGUCCGGAUCAAUGGUUGGUUGGAGACACUUUCCUCAAGAGCGUGUACUCAGUCUAUGAUAUUAAGAAGUUGGCUGUCGGAUUUGCCCCCUUGGCCUAG